GUAGACCCCCGUCCCUGGAGCGGGGUUCGCGACGCGACCCGGUAUGGGCACCAGUGUCCGCAGCCGAACAACACCAUGUCGUACCCGCCGGUCUACACGGACUUCGUGGACCCGCUCAUGACUUACCAGAGCGAGGACUGUCUGAGUCUGAACGUCUUCACACACGAGAUCAACAGUAGUGCUGCCCUACCGGUGAUGGUGUGGCUCCAUGGCGGAGGCCUGUCCACCGGCAGUUCCCUCAUCUACCCCGGGGAGGCGCUGGUGGCGCACAACAACGUGGUGCUGGUCACCGUCAACUACCGGCUGGGCGCGCUGGGCUUCCUGCCGACCAGGGACGUGGACGCGUCGGGAAAUUUCGGUUUCCUCGAUCAGGUGAAAGCGCUAGAGUGGAUACAGGCCAACAUCCGUAACUUCGGAGGGGACCCAGCCCGGGUCACCAUCUUCGGGCAGUCGGCGGGAGGCUGGAGCGUCUCCCUGCUGGUCAUGUCUCCCAUGGCAACGGGACUGUUCCAUCGCGCCAUCUCCGAGAGCGGUGUGGCGGUCGUGCCCACUCUGCGGAGGGGGGACAUCGCUGCCACCGAGGCGCUGGCUCGGGCGGUCGGCUGCGGCACGGACGGAUACGACGCCAUGAUGGCCUGUCUUCGAGGAAAAUCAGUGGACGAGCUUCAGCGUGCUGAGGGGGUGGGCAUGCGAACACCUGUUAUAGACGGACACUUCCUAACGGACACUCCUUGGAACAUCCUCCAGCAGCAUCAGCAGAACAGCGUGGACUACCUGCUGGGGACGAAUAACGACGAGUACGGCUGGAUCCUGUCCCUCGGCUCGCCCUACGUCACCGAGAACGGGCUGAACAGGACCGAGUUUCGGCACGCCCUGUCGGGAGAACUCGACUGGGCCCAGCAAACAUUCCCGACCGGUGACGUUAGCACGAUUGUCCAGCCGGUGACUGACCAGUACCUGGACCCGGCCGGACCAGAUGACCCUAUCGUCAUCCGUGACCAGUACCUCCAGUUGCGGACCGACAUGUGGUUUGCGGCACCCACGGUUCUGAUGGCACAGUCCCAGUCAGCUAAGCCCGCCCGAGUCUUCCACUACGAGUUCCAGCACCGCUCCAGUGCCUUCUCCUUCAAGCCGCCGUACGUGGGUGUUGACCACAGUGACGAGGUGUUCUACGUGUUCGGCCUGCUGUUCCUGCGGGACAGCACCAACACGUCAUGGAGGUACCCGUUCUCAGACCGGGAGAGACAGCUCUGUCUGGACAUCAUGGCGUACUGGACAAACUUUGCCGCCAACGGAGAUCCGAACGACUCGACAGGAUCACCGCGCAUGCGCAGUCUGGUACCAUGGCCACGCUACAUGACGUCAACCAAAGACUACCUCAAGUUGGACAUGACGUCAUCUGCUGGCGUAGCGCUGAGAGGGACCCGGGUGAAGUUUUGGAACGAGGCUGUACCAAGGAUGAUGGGAGCAGAUGUCGCCUCCAGUGGAGCAACUGAAUCUGCAAACCUUAUGAUGUUUAUCACUCUGUGUGCCGUUGUUGUCAUAAAUGUAACAUUUUGCAUUUGA